GCAUCAAAGUAGUUGCUAUAAACACCAGGAACCAUCAAAGAGUAACGGCUGUCAAGCGUACGGAGGAAAAAGAGUGAGCGUUCGAGAGCGAUACAGAACAGACCGUUUUUGAAUUUUCCUUCUUUCUUUUUAAUGUUUUACUUUUCAUAAGCAUUUUGGAUUUGUGAAAUAAAGAACUAAGAUAUUGCAAGAACCCGUCUAACGCUCGUGCAGCAGAGGCUGCCGGAACAUUUUCAAAAACGAUUCCCUUUAUGGAAGAGAGAAGAAAUGCUAGAAGUCCUAGCAAUUUCUAGAGGUUGAAAGUGAUAGAACGCGAACUCGGACAUAGUGAAGCGCCAAAGCCAGGCAUAGAGAUUUGCAAAUACGCAGAAAAGUUCUUAGCGGACAAAACAGCGAGAAGCGCGUUUCUGAGUAGAAGCGUGGCUGUAUUGUAAGCGGAAAGGCGUUGGUGUGUAUGUGAAGCAAGGAAUGGUGUCAGGCGCAUGACGAUUUGCGACAGCGCAAAAAAGUUCUUAGCGGAAUACAGCGUGGCUGUAUUGAAAGCGGAAAGGUUUGACAGUGUGUGUGAAGCAAGGAAUAGUGUCAGGCGCGGGACGAUUUGCAAAUACGCAGGAAAGUGAUUGAAGAAACAAAGCGACGAGAAGUGCGUUUCUUGGUAGAAGCGUGGUUGCAAUUGUGAGCGGAAAGGCUUUGGCUGUGUGUGUGAAGCAAGGAAUAGUGUCAGACACGGGACAAUAAGCGACAGCGCAACAAAGUGCUUGGUGGAACAAAGCUGCAGGAAGUACGCUUCUAAGUAGAAGCUUGGUUACAUUGUGGACGGAAAGAUUCGUUUGUGUGUGUAUAGCAACGGACAAGGACAGCGUGUCAGUGCGAUUUAGUCUUCAACAAACGAAAAUAAUAGAUCAAGAUGCCGAGAACUCGGAGCAACAAACAGGAGUCAAAGGGGCCAGGGUUGGAUAGUUCAGAUGCAGGGUUGGAAGUGGUCGAGGAAGAAUCGAAUUCCGAUCAAAGUAUGCUGGAGAUAACUGUUGUGGAUCGCAUCAGCGAGAUGGAACGUUCUAUCGAAGAAGAAACUGCUCUGCAUAAGAAAGAGAUGGAAUUACGCAAACAGUUACUUGAGCUGAGAUUGAAAAAUAAGCGAGAGUUGGAAGCUUUGGAACAAUCCUAUAGUUUUGAAGAAAUCAAACCGAUUCAUGUUUCGACAGAUAAAGAUAACAGUGUAUCAGACAAGCCGAAUGCACCGCCUAAAAAGGAAAAUUAUUCACUAACGCCCGAUCAAAGAGCAACCCGAAAAAGCAUAAAUACUAGUUUGCCUAAAUUCAAUGGUGAACCAGGAAUUUGGCCAAUGUUCAUUAGUUGUUUCAAUAACACUACAGAAGCUUGUGGUUUUACGAACCAAGAAAAUCUAAAGCGAUUAAUGGACAGCCUGGAAGGUGAAGCUCUGGAAGCUGUAAAAGGAAGCUUAUUACUACCUGAAUCAGUUCCAAACGUGAUUCAGGAUUUGAAGAACUUGUUCGGCAGGCCAGGCAAAUUAUUGAAAAACUUGUUGAAACAAAUAAGAGAAACUCCGUCACCAAGUGAAAGUAAUAUGGAAAGCUUUAUUCGUUUCGGAGUUAAAGUGAAGCAAUUGUGUGACCAUCUGAUAGCCAGCGAUUUAGAUGAUCACUUAAGAAACCCGCUGUUAGUCGAAGAAUUGGUAGAAAAGUUGCCUCCAAGUAAUCAGCGUGAGUGGAUCCGGUUUAAGCGCGACAAAACAGACAAGAACCUUAUUGUGUUUGGCCAAUAUGUUCAAACGGUAGUGGACGAGGUUGCUGAACUAGUUGAAAUGUCGACUCGGCAAAAAUCGGUAGUGAAGUCAAACAAUACACAAGAACACAAACGGGUUGAAGCACGUGGCCGAAGUAAGUUUCCGACAAAUAAAGGGACAAGACAAGAGUACACGCAUGUGCAUCAAUCGGAAGAUAAAGGCGUUAAGCAUACGAAGAAAUGCUGGGUGUGCGGUUUGCAAAACCAUAUAUUGAUGGAUUGUCGUAAGUUUCAGCAAAUGUCGUCAGUAGAAAGGUUUAGUACAGCAGACAGGUUAAAGUUGUGCAAAAAGUGCUUAAGCCGGUAUUGCAGUGAUACUUGCACAAGAAAAGUAAUAUGCGAGGAGAAAGGAUGUGGUGGUCCACAUCACACAUUGAUGCAUCGUAUCGAAGAAACGGUGCAAAUCCAAAAUACUAACGUAUGCCCCAAACCAACGCUAAGUGUAAUAUAUAGAACAAUUCCUGUGACACUUUACUCAGGGCAUUCUUGCAUCAAUGUUACAGCAUUUAUCGAUGAAGGGUCCUCCGCUACUUUAAUAGAUGCUGACAUCGCUCGCACACUGAAGGCAGAGGGAACGCAUGAGCCACUAACUAUCACCUGGACCGGUGGAAUUCGAAGAAAUGAAGACGAAUCCAUGAAACUGGAAUUGAUGAUUUCGGCAAAAGGAUCAUCUGAAAAGUGGCCACUUCUAGAUACUCGUACUGUGAAGGCUCUAAAGCUUCCUUCGCAAAAAGUGAAAAUAUCAGACGUCAUCACGCGAUAUAAGCAUCUAACUGACAUACCGUUAGAAGAUUGCCAAAACGACAACCCAAUGAUCAUUAUUGGAUUAAACAAUAUUGUACUCUUUGCAGCGCUGGAAACUAGAAUUGGCAACCCGAAUGAGCCUAUAGCAGUGAGAUCAAAGAUUGGGUGGACUGUAUAUGGAAUGGAUGGCGGAAUAACGAAGAAUAAUACGUUUCUGAAUCUUCAUGCCAUUAUACCCAUGAACAACCGCGAACUCCAUGACGUUAUUCGCAACCAAUAUCAACUGGAAGAAUGUGUAGAGAAGACGUAUGAAGUACCAGUUCCAAUAGAAGAAAAACGUGCUAUGGAGAUUCUGGUUAAGACGACUAAAAGAGUAGGUGAUCGGUUCGAGACAGGAUUGUUAUGGCGAGAAGACGCACACGAAUUUCCUGACAGCUACACCAUGGCAGAGAAGCGGAUGAAUCAGCUCGUUAAAAGAAUCAGAAAAACACCAGAGUUGUUCGAGAAAGUUACCAAGAUGAUAAAUGAAUACUUGGAGAAGGGCUACGCUCAUAAGAUUACUCCGGCAGAGCUAAAAAACUACUCUAGUGAAAAGGUAUGGUACUUGCCCAUCAAUGUUGUGCAGAAUGACAAAAAGCCUGGAAAGCUACGUGUAGUAUGGGAUGCUGCAGCAUCGGUUGAUGGAGUUUCAUUAAAUUCCAUGCUAUUAAAGGGUCCAGAUAUGCUUGUACCUCUACCUAAAAUCAUUUGUAGAUUCCGAGAAAAGCCAGUAGCAUUUGGUGGAGAUCUGAAAGAAAUGUACCACCAAAUAAAAAUCCGUGAGCAGGACAAACAGGCACAAAGAUUUUUGUUCGGUACUGAUGUAAAUGGAUGCUCACAAGUGUAUGUGAUGGAUGUAGCCACUUUCGGCGCAACAUGUUCGCCGUCUUCUGCACAGUUUGUAAAGAACUUGAAUGCACGUGAAUUUGCUCACAAGUAUCCGAAGGCAUCAGCCGCAAUAAUCGAGAACCACUAUGUGGACGAUUAUUUUGACAGCGUGAAUACGAUUGAAGAAGCAGUUCAGCUAGCAAAGGACGUAAGGUACGUUCAUUCCAAAGGUGGAUUUCACAUUCGAAAUUGGGUCUCGAAUACCGAGCAAUUUCUCCAUGAAAUUGGAGAUAGAAACUCUACAUCUACAGUGCAGUUGGCAGUCGACAAAGAUACGAUGUGUGACCGAGUGCUGGGAGUAGUUUGGAAAUCGACAGAAGACGUUUUCUGUUUUGAUGCAGCAACAAACAAAAGCUUCGAGAAGUAUACGGCUGAAGAAGUUUAUCCAACUAAACGAAUAGUGCUCAGUGUAGUGAUGGCACAAUUUGAUCCCAUGGGUUUCAUAGCACCGGUAACGGUGUUAGGGAAAAUGUUGAUACAAGAUCUUUGGCGUACAGGAUGCGAUUGGGACGAAGCUAUCGACGAUCAGUCGUACGACAAAUGGAGGAAAUGGAUCCAGCUGAUGCAAGCAAUCGGAUCAUUUGAGAUACCACGAAGCUAUUUUGGUAGCGCAAGAUCGGACGAAGUAAAAGAUCUUCAGCUGCAUGUGUUCACCGAUGCGAGUGAGCAAGCAUAUGGAGCUGUAGCUUAUUUUCGAGCGACAGUUAAUGGACAAGUAAAAUGUGCAUUAGUAAUGAGUCGAAGCAAAGUUGCCCCGGUAAAAAUGAUGUCCAUUCCGCGCCUAGAACUUCAGGCAGCGGUACUAGGAGUGCGUUUAUCGCGAGCGGUUAUUGAAAACCAUAGCUUACCCAUCACUAGAAAGUUUUUCUGGACAGAUGCAAAAGUUGUGUUGUCAUGGAUCCGGUCAGAUCAUCGACGAUACAAACAAUUCGUUGGGCUACGUAUCGGUGAAAUACUUGACGCGACCAACGUUGAAGAUUGGCGAUGGAUACCAACGAAGUCUAAUGUGGCGGACAUGCUAACAAAAUGGGGUAAAGCUGCAAAUAUGGAACCAGAAACUGAUUGGGUUCGCGGACCUAAGUUUCUCUUUCAAGACGAAAGCCUAUGGCCUAGGCAGGAGUUGCCUCCGAUCAACACGGCAGAAGAACUUAGAGUGCAUCUCUUGAUACAUGACGUGGUGGUGCUUGGGAGGUUAGUAGACGCUGAACGAAUAUCGAAAUGGUCAGUACUGGUGCGUACUGUUGCAUGUGUUCUACGCUUCAUAGCUAAUUGCAGACGCAAAAUCAAAGGGGAACCGAUCGAAACGUUACGAGCUACUAAGCGCCAAUCAGAAGUGAGAAAGGUCUUCAACGGUGAAUUUAAACGAACUCCAUUACAACAACACGAAUAUGAGAAAGCAGAAAAGUUAUUAGUCAGAUCUGCUCAAGCCGAAGGAUUCAUCGACGAGAUAAAAGUAUUGAUGAAAAACAAGAGACUUCCUUCGAGUGAAUGGUUUAGCCUUGAUAAAUGCAGCCCAAUAUACAAAUUGUGUCCCAUGCUAGAUGACGAUGGAAUACUUCGAAUGGAAGGGAGGACAGAACGAGCAGAGAGCCUACCUUUCAACCUUCGUUUCCCGAUCAUCUUGCCAAGUGAUCAUCCGAUAACCAGACGUAUUGUGAAACACUAUCAUGAGGCAAGUGGUCACAGUUAUCGAGAUGCAGUGAAGAACGAGUUGCGUCAGUUGUAUCUAAUACCUCAUUUAGAUGCAGUGGUGAGAAAGGAAUCGUCUCGUUGUAUGUGGUGUAAAGUACAUCGCAAUCGCCCUAAAGUUCCGAGAAUGGCUCCGUUACCUGUGCAGAGAAUAACUCCCAAUCUAAGUCCCUUUAGUUUUACAGGUGUGGACUACAUUGGGCCCUUUGAUGUUACCGUUGGGAGAAGAACAGAAAAGCGUUGGAUUGUUCUGUUUACUUGCAUGGUGGUACGAGCUAUACAUCUCGAGAUAGCACAUGGCCUUUCGACGCAGUCUUGCCUGAUGGCGAUUCGACGAUUUGUCUGCAGACGAGGAUGGCCGGUAGAAUUCCUGUCGGACAACGGAACCAAUUUCAAGGGUGCCAGCCGAGAAAUAGUCAACAGUAUUGGUGACAUCGAAGAGGCAUGUGCUGACCAGUUGACGAACUCGAGGACAAAAUGGACAUUCAACCCGCCGGUAGCACCACACAUGGGCGGUGUGUGGGAGCGACUGGUCCGUUCGGUGAAGGGGAUACUGGCGAUGCUGGAUGACGGAAGACGUCUUACGGAUGAAAUUCUGCACACUGCAGUUUUGGAAGCAGAAGACAUUAUCAACACAAGACCGUUAGUAGCAGUGACAACGGAUGAAAACGCUGAAGGAGCUUUGACACCGAACCACUUCUUGAGAGGGACAUCGAAAAGUGACGAUAGGGAAAUCCCUCCUACUGGUGACAAAGAGGCUUUGAAAGAUUCUUAUAAAAGAACUCAACGGUUAGCCGAUGUAAUGUGGGCAAAAUGGGUAAAAGAGUACGCACCCACGUUGAAUCAGAGAACUAAGUGGUUUAGAGAGGAAAGAAAUGUGUCCACUGGGGAUUUAGUUUACGUUAUUGACGGCAAAAAUCGAAAAAAUUGGGUGCGUGGAGUAGUAGAAGAACCCAUCAUAGCGGGUGAUGGACGAGUGCGUCAAGCUUGGGUUAGGACUAACAGCGGCAGGUUGAAAAGGGCUAUGAGCCAGUUGGCCGUUCUAGAAAUUGAAUAGAGUAACGCCAGUUAGGGACACUAAUGGGUUACGGGCCGGGGAAUGUUAGAACGCCCAAGUAAAGCAUCAAAGUAGAUGCUAUAAACACCAGGAACCAUCAAAGAGUAACGGCUGUCAAGCGUACGGAGGAAAAAG